ACGCCAUCCGUCCGCCGUAUUCCUUCCUUCGUCUCGCUCCUUCCAGUCCACCUCGCGUCACCCGCCGGCCGCCGCCGAGCUCGAGACCUCCACACCCCGCCGUGAACAGGACACUUGAGAAAUGGCUGAUGAGGAUGUUCAACCUAUCGUGUGCGACAAUGGCACCGGAAUGGUCAAGGCGGGGUUCGCCGGUGAUGAUGCACCCAGGGCUGUCUUUCCUAGCAUCGUGGGAAGACCACGCCAUACUGGUGUGAUGGUUGGUAUGGGCCAAAAGGACGCCUAUGUGGGCGAUGAAGCUCAAGCAAAAAGAGGUAUCCUGACACUGAAGUACCCCAUUGAACACGGCAUUGUUAACAACUGGGAUGACAUGGAGAAAAUAUGGCAUCACACCUUCUACAACGAGCUCCGUGUCGCACCUGAAGAUCAUCCUGUGUUGCUGACUGAAGCCCCUCUCAACCCCAAGGCCAACAGAGAAAAGAUGACCCAGAUCAUGUUCGAAACCUUCAGUUGCCCAGCAAUGUAUGUUGCGAUCCAGGCUGUUCUAUCCUUGUACGCGAGCGGUCGAACGACUGGUAUUGUGCUUGACUCUGGUGAUGGUGUGAGCCACACUGUUCCAAUCUACGAGGGAUACACACUUCCUCAUGCUAUCCUUCGUUUGGACCUUGCUGGUCGUGACCUCACUGACAAUCUAAUGAAGAUCCUCACAGAACGAGGAUACUCCCUCACAACAACCGCUGAGCGGGAAAUUGUCAGAGACAUAAAGGAGAAGCUCGCUUAUGUUGCCCUUGAUUAUGAGCAGGAGCUUGAAACGGCUAGGAGCAGCUCCUCUGUGGAGAAGAGCUAUGAGAUGCCUGAUGGUCAGGUUAUUACCAUAGGAUCUGAAAGGUUCAGGUGUCCUGAGGUGCUUUUCCAGCCAUCUCUUGUUGGCAUGGAGGUUCCUGGCAUCCACGAAGCGACAUACAACUCCAUCAUGAAGUGCGAUGUCGAUAUCAGAAAGGAUUUAUAUGGUAAUGUUGUUCUCAGUGGAGGUUCUACCAUGUUUCCUGGAAUUGCUGAUCGCAUGAGCAAGGAGAUCACGGCCCUUGCUCCUACCAGUAUGAAGGUUAAAGUUAUUGCACCACCUGAAAGGAAGUACAGUGUCUGGAUAGGUGGCUCUAUUUUGGCAUCUCUUAGCACUUUCCAGCAGAUGUGGAUCUCCAAGGCAGAGUACGAUGAAUCUGGUCCCGGCAUUGUCCACAUGAAGUGCUUCUGAGUUUUUGGGAAGUUUAUAGCUGUCCAGAAAUAUGUUUACAAAGCAAGCUUGCUUCUAAGAAUAUACAGUAGUACAUGAUUAGCAUUUGGUAGAAGAUAUGUACCUCCAUCACAGAAAAAGGAGUUACAGUGCUGUCAAGUGAUAAUAAUACCUUAAGGGCGGAAAACAAUGCCGGUUGAUCUUUCGGGACAAUGGCAUGGCUUUGGUGUUUGCAUGCUGUAUGAAAUAAUUAAAUGGAACAUAUAUGUGUAUUCCUGAA